AAGUAAGCAAAAACUCUAUUUUCUUUUAUUCCCUUAGAUUCAUUAUCGGAUUUGAUAUACUAACGGACUUCAGCUAUGCAGACAAUUAAAUGUGUAGUUGUGGGUGAUGGUGCUGUCGGUAAAACAUGUCUCUUAAUUUCUUACACAACAAACAAAUUCCCAUCAGAAUAUGUACCAACGGUGUUUGAUAACUAUGCUGUAACAGUGAUGAUUGGUGGGGAGCCAUACACUCUAGGCUUGUUUGAUACUGCAGGACAGGAAGAUUAUGACAGAUUACGGCCCCUCAGCUACCCACAGACAGAUGUGUUUCUGGUUUGUUUUUCAGUGGUUUCUCCCUCUUCAUUUGAAAAUGUGAAAGAAAAGUGGGUACCUGAAAUUACUCACCACUGUCCAAAAACCCCUUUCCUGCUUGUUGGGACCCAAAUUGACCUCAGAGAUGACCCCUCAACAAUUGAGAAGCUUGCCAAGAACAAGCAGAAGCCCAUAACUCCAGAGACUGCUGAAAAACUGGCCCGGGACCUGAAAGCUGUCAAAUAUGUGGAGUGUUCUGCACUCACACAGAAAGGCCUAAAGAAUGUAUUUGACGAAGCGAUAUUGGCUGCCCUGGAGCCUCCGGAGCCGAAGAAGAGUCGCAGGUGUGUGCUGCUAUGAACGUCCCUCCACAGCCCCUCUGCAAAGCUGAUGUUUGAUGUCAUACUAAAAGCAAUGUUUAAAUCAAACUAAAGAUACAAAUUUUAAAAUUUGUUUUUGCAAUAAUGACAAAUGCCCUGCACACCCAUCUCCCCCACACUCUCCCUGUAUGAGUUGAGAAUGUUAGUGUUCAUUCCCAGUGCCCUUCCUAAUUCAGUUAAAGACUAGUUAAUUUUGAGUAAUUAUGUAUUAUCAGAAAAUACUGAUCAGUACUAGUUUUUUAUUUUGUUUACUGUUUCUAAUUUUCGUUUAAAAUCCAGGCAUGCUUGUGACGACUUUCUCUAUAACAGACUAAUUCUAGGCUAUGUUAAUGAAGUCUUGUCCCAAGUUGGCAAGAAUCAGAUUCAUUGACUUUCUGGGGCUAUAUUCAGUCAGCCUGGGUGUGAGCAUAUUUCAGUCCUCAGAACUGAGUCGGAAACUAAUAUGUCCCAAGCUGGUGCUCCUGCUUUAAAAAUUGCCUUGUUACCUCUCCCCCUCACUUUUCCUCUGAGCAGGUCAGAACUUCCUACCCUGUCCCUUAAGUUAUGAAACCUUUGAAUUGUUUCAUAGGGAAGUGAAUUGUUCCUUUAUCUAUGAAUGCACCAUCAACUUGUAUUUUAAAAAAAAUGGUCAGUUAUAGGGGGGGAAUGGGCCGUUUUCUCUCAAACGUGACAUAAGAAGUUUUCAUCAAAUGUGAAGAGAGAACAGUGCCUUUUUUUAAGCACACCCAAUUUAUAGUGUUUUGUUUUUGGUUUUUUGUUUUGGUUUUUAACAAAACCCUCCAAAUAAACUUACACUCAAUCA